AUGGUUCUCCUGAUAGGUGGCAGCGCCUCCUCGAGUGAUAUUGCUAAAGAGGUAGGUCCGAUUGCGAAGAAAGUGUGGCAGUCGACAAGAGGCGGUUUCAUGGAUGGCCCUGAGUCUUGGCUACCACCCAAUGCUACCCGUGUUCCUGGAAUUGUUGAGUUCACCGCUCUAGAAGAGAGUGCCCCCGAGGGAUCAACCGCUAUACCUGGCAAGGUGGUGCUUGCUGAUGGACAAGUACUCGAAGGCAUUGACCGCGUCGUUAUCGCAACCGGAUUCCAUUUCACACUUCCCUUCUUUGGAUCGGAGUUUCAAUCUGACGACAUACCACGAGAGGAAGCAGACGAGAACAUUCUGGUCACCGAUGGCACGAUGUUGCAUAACCUCCACAAGGACAUUUUCUAUAUUCCAGAUCCAACACUGGCUUUCACUGGAAUUCCGUUUUAUACUGCGACUUUCUCACUGUUCGAAUUCCAGGCCAUUGCGAUUGCCGCGGCAUUUUCUGGUCAGGCUGAAAUUCCGCCCACGGAAGACAUGAGGACAGAGUACUUGGGGAGAAUCAAUGAGAAGGGGUACGGGAAGCCAUUCCACACCCUGAUAGGGCAGGAUGUGGAAUAUGCAAAGAAUUUGAUGGCAUGGGUCAACAAAGGCCGAGAUGACGCAACGAAGAAGACCGAUGGCUACUCUCAAGAGUGGAUCAAUCUGCGAGACGAAUUCAUGAAUACUUAUUUCAGGACUGGGCUUAAGACAAAUGAGCCAGUUGGAAAGGAUGCUGUUGAAUGA